AUGACAGGAAACCAUUUGAGAUACCCCGAUGAGAUUUCUCUCUCAGGAGUAAAGACUCCCAAUGUCGAUGUCAGGUCAUCUUCCGACUCAAUCUUCUCGGACAUUUCCAGUGCUCCCACCCUCCUCGAUCCUUCCAGCUUCCAUCCCGGUACUACACUCCACAUCUCAGCCCGGGGUAUUGGCGUGCUGCGUUUACCGCUGCCAUCCUCAGAGCUUGAAAUCCCAAUAUUCAAUGAAGAUGGAAGCCUAGCAUACACCUCCAACCGAGAAAAGCGCUCUUCAGGAAAUGCCGUGCUGAGCCAUCCAAAACUGGGCAACCUAAUCAGCACCACAUAUCACUUUGGACCGAAUCGGGAGCCGGAGCUCACGUUAUUGCAAAGUUCCAUUGAUUCGGAGAAUGGCGGUCAGAAAAUCAAGGUCUGCGGGAGAUGGACUUCGCGUUCUAUCUCCUUCAUGACGGCAGACUCUCAUGUCUUUGAAUGGAGCUACGCUAGCACCAAGGACGCGAACGGAAAGAAGGCCAACAUUCUCGCAUUGCGACGGAAGGAACUCCCGACUGCUGAGCCAGAUGGCCAGGGGAAAAUCAUCGCACAAUUGAUUCGGAGUGAUGAUACACGGACCCAGGGAACAUCAAAAUGCAGUGCGGGAAAUGGUGGUCAGCUUGUUCUAGACCAGGAUGCAACCAGUCAUUUGGAUGAAGCAUUGAUUGUGGCGACAUGCUUGAUGAUGUUGAAGAAAGAGAUAGACAGGAGGCGAUUCAUCCAGUUGGUGGCUAUCGGAGCUGCCGGGUCAUGA